CCGCGUUGAAAAAGGCGGCUUGACAUUGCACUUGCGCAUCCACUGUUUGCUACAUACACUGUAUCCAAACCAGAGUUCGAGCUCGUUCCUCACUUUGCGACGACUGCCAACUGCAACGGCGACGACUGCUGCGGCUUGCAGGAGACGCGGUGCAUCUCGUCUGCGCUCGCACGUCGAGUAUCUCGCGCUGCCCGGGACGUGACCGCGGUCGCGCCACUGCAAUCGGGCGACGAGACCGGCUCUUUGUCCCACGCGUACGCGCCUUUAUCCCAGCGCCGUGACGGCCCGAUUGUAAUGGCCCAGUGGCCGACAUGCCAACCAACACGACGACGAGCUACGUCUCGCUCCGCGAUGGCGCGGCGCCGAGCGGCAGCUCCAACGGCAUCUACAUGGCCAUUGGCAUCGGCGUCGGGUGCGCAGUCGUGCUCAUCGUGCUCUCGUGGUACUUUUGCUGCCAUCGGCCGUCCAAGCAGUCGUCGACGGCGGUGCUGACAGCGCGCGACGACUACUCGAUGUACAAGGAGGAGUCGCUGCCCGCGUGCGACGCCUUGGACACGGCGCCGUCGACCUUGUACGUCCGCAACAGCGAGUGCGACCUCGGACCGCUCCUUCCAUUCCGCAUUUCCACCAAAGACGUCGAGUGCUGGCACGUGCUCGCAAGCGGCUCGACGGGCGAAGUCUACCUGGGCGAGUACCGCCAUAGUACGGUCGCGAUCAAGCAGCUCUACGACGGCCAAGCGAAUGCGACCGAUGUCCAGCAUUUUGUGGACGAAAUUGUGACCAUGUCGAGAUUUGACCAUCCGCGCAUCGUGUCGCUGGUUGGCGUCGUGUGGCAAGCACCACCGGCCGCCUUGCGCUUGCAGUGCGUCAUGGAGUACAUGGACCAAGGCAACCUCCAAGACUACUGCAGCAACUCGAACGACGCGAGCUUUCCGUACCGCCUCAAGGCGCGGGUUGCGCUUCACAUUGCCAAUGCGCUCGCCUACAUCCACGCGAUCCCGAUCGUCCAUCGCGACCUCAAGUCCAAGAACGUCCUUGUCGACGGCAAGAAAGGCGCCAAGAUCACCGACUUUGCGUCGGCCAAAGCCAUGCGUGAGAACGCGGCGACCAUGACGCAGGGCAUUGGCACCUUUCGCUGGCUCGCGCCCGAAGUGCUCAUGGAGUCGCGCUACUCGGCGCCCGCCGACGUCUACUCGCUCGGCGUCCUCCUCGCGGAAAUGUCCAUGUACAAGCGCCCGUACAGCGACAUGUUGGACGACCACGGCAAGCCGCUCAGCGAAGUCAAGAUCCUCCAACAAAUCACGUCGUCGGGUUUACGCCCGUCGUUUGCAACCAACGCGCCAGCGUGGUAUCGCGAGUGGGCGAUGAUGUGCAUGGCGACCGAGCCGAGUGACCGUCCAACGGCCGCCGACUUGGCCAAUCGCAUCCAAGCGUUCCUAGGCUUACCGCGUACGACGCGCUAAUUGUGUCGUGUACUAAUACGCGCUAUUUUUGUGGACGCCGUCGGGACAUAUGGUUAGGGUAGGACUAGGGUUACCACGAUGCGUUAUCGGGUAAUCUCGCUCGCA